ACGCGUAGCAGAGAAAAGAACCUUCUUAGAAACCCUCUUAGCGUGUGCGUAGAAUCUUCUCGAUUCGUGUUUACCUUUACCUACACCCUCAUCCUUCUUUGUCUAUAUAUUCUAAAUAGUUUUCAUUUCUUCAUUCGCGUAACUUUUUUUUUUCCAAUUUCGAACAGAAAUUCUCAUCUGCGAUCUAAUCAAAGAAAAACCCAGAUCAGAGAGACCUUCAAAGAUGUGUUUGGUGUUUGUUUGCGACGAAGAAGAAACGGUUUUGGGAAGACAACCAGCACCUGGAGCUUGUCCUUACUGUGGAGGAAUGGUUCAAGCUGUGGAUGUGGAGAGCUCAUGGAGGUUCUGUUUCUUACCUUUCUGCUUCAAGACCAAGAGGAAGUAUUUCUGUACUAUAUGCCUUAGGCGUUUAGUUGUUUAUCCAUGAAAGCUGAAAGCUUGGAAAGAAGAGAUCAAAUCAAACAGAGGAAAGGCCAAGGAUUAGGGUUUGAUGGUUGGUUGAUGAUCUCUCUGUUUAAGAAGAAGAAGACAACAUAACUUUUAACAGAUUUUUUUUUCCUAUAUUCUCUGUGUGAAAUUUCAGGACUAAUAUCUUGGUUAAAGUAUGUACAUAUAGCUGGGUGUGGAUUUGUUUAUCUGAUUCCCUCUGUUUCUUUGCUUUUUUUAAGUAAUAUAAGUUUUUAUAUCUGUGAAUAUAGUUAGGUUUCUGUUUUUAA